AUGUCACAUAACGAUUUUGUGGACUGGUGGUUAGAGACUGACUACGGGAGGAAAAGCAAGCUUAAAUGGGAUUCGAACCGCCAUACAGAGAUCUGGAAUAGCUACCAUCAGGUAGCUCAGGGUAUUGAUGGCGCACCAAAGGUUAUGUGCAAGCGCUGUGGGAAGAUCCUAGAGCAUCCUUAUACACUAAGCCCGAACAGCACAGGCAAAGCGCAGUAUCAUGGCACAUCAACCAUCCAGAAACAUCGGAAAACGGCUGGUUGUUUACGGUCGGAAAAGGGGAAGAAAGCGGAGAUUACAAACUUCCUACAACGAGAGGGAGAAGUUUCAGCAAGCAUACCCUUCUUACAAGAAGAUUGGGAGGAGGAUCUCCUCCAAUUUCUUACUCUCAACCGGCUCCCAUUCCAUCUGAUCGAGCAUCCAUCAUUCAAACGCAUCAUCAAUAAAGCUCGUUCCGCCCCAUCCCCUCCAGUGAUCCCAUCUGCCGAUACCAUCCGUCGCCGAUUGGGCAGUCUAGUCAAAGACCGGCAGCAGCGUAUCCUUCGUACGCUGCCUUCUGGCUCAAAGAUAUCCAUUGCGCUUGACUGCUGGACAUCUCCAUUCUCGCAGGCAUUUAUGGCUAUUACUGGCUAUUUCAUUGACAGUGAUUGGGUAUAUCGUGAGGUACUACUUGGGUUUAAGCCGCUUCAUGGUACACAUACCGGCUCUUACCUGAGUAGUGUUCUUAUAGAAACCCUAGUGGAGCACAACAUUGAAGAUAAAGUAUUCGGGUUGACAACAGAUAAUGCAUCAAACAACAAGACAUUAGCUACUGCUCUCCAACAGGCUUUGUCAGAUGAUACUAUUAUCACCCGAAUACCAUGUCUUGCCCACGUUAUCCAGCUCAGCCUCAAUCAGCUUCUUGCUCGGAUCAAGGCAGUUCCAUUAAAUGAAUCAGCCGAGACAAGGUGGACAGAGAAGCAGUCAAGGCUAGCCCAAGAAAAUGCGAAGCAAAGUCAGAUCUCCUCCACACUGAACAAAGUCCGUUAUCUUGCGAUUUACGUCAAUGCAAGUCCCCAGCGCAGAGAGACCUUUUACAAUCUUCAGACAACUAAUAUCAAGAUCGUUCCAAUCCAAGAUGUAAAGACACGAUGGAAUUCUACGUUCCUCAUGCUUCGCCGGGCAAAGAGGCUACGUGCUAUCUUCUCUUUAUUCUGUACAGAGUAUGAUUGUGAGGAGAUGCUACUCAGCGAGCAAGAGUGGCGUCAGAUCGACUAUCUUCUUUGUAUCACCGAGCCCUUCUUUGAUUAUACAACACAGCUAUCAAAGACUCGAGAUGUCACUGCCCACUAUGUGUUUAAGAUCUACAACAAACUGUUUGAUCAUCUUGAGCGAUCACAGGCACAGCUACGCCGAAAGCGUGUCCCAUGGAAAAAACAGAUGCUAGAGGCCCUUGAAGCUGGUCGGUCUAAGCUUGAUGAGUAUUACUCCCAAGCUGAUGAUCUUCGAGGGAAUAUCUAUGCAAUCAGUACAAUGCUUGCACCGGUGAACAAAUUCAAAUUCUUCCUCUCCAGUGAUUGGGAUCAGAAAUGGCGAGAUACCUAUCGACUUGCUUUUGAACAAGCCCUUGUUCCAUAUCAAGCACAAGUUAGAAUAAGCAGUCGUGAUCUACAAAGCUCUCUAACGAUAGCCCAUCCAAGCUCAAGGCUAGAGGAGAUGCUUGAUGGAAGGGAUAUACAACCACGAGCCAUUACUGAUGAAAUCAGUCAAUAUCUUGACAGCGAUACUGUUUCUGUUAGGCCGCUUACUUUCUGGAAAGAGCACCAGGCUCGCUUUCCGGCCAUUGCUGCCCUUGCGCGAGAUACACUCUCAUUUCCAGCAACUGGCGCAGGAGUUGAACGCCUCUUUAAUACCGCUCGAGAUAUUUGUCACUAUCGUCGUGGUAGAAUGAAGAGUGAGACUGUCGAGGCAUUAAUGAUGUUUCUUUGUACAACGAAAUUUGAUAUGGAGGAGCAGGAAGCAACACUUCUUGAGAAAUUUUUCUCCCAGGAUGAGCUUGAGGCGGCAAAAGAGGAGAGGGAAGAGAAGCUCAGUGAGAUUGAGGUUGAUCCAAUUAGUGAUACAGAGGAGCAGGAGGAUGAACUGGAAGAUAAACCAGGGGAUGCAAUUGAGGUUGUAAUUGAGGAUAGACCAGAGGAUAUACCGGAGGAGAGGCCCUUACCUACAAACACGAGCAUCAGGGAGAAAACGUAA